AUGGUGGAUACAGAUGCAACAAGAAUGAUAAUGGGAAUUGUCGGAAAUGUCAUCUCUUUCUUCCUCUUUAUCUCUCCUCUGCCGACGAUUUGGAAAAUAUUCAAAUCAAAGUCGGUGCAAGAGUUCCGACCUGAUCCCUACGUUGCAACGACGCUCAACUGCGCAAUGUGGGUAUUCUACGGCCUCCCUUUCAUCCACCCUGACAACCUUCUCGUCCUCACCAUCAACGGCGCCGGCCUCAUAAUCGAACUCAUAUACGUCUUCGUCUUCCUCAGCUUCUCCGCUUGGCCACUCCGACGGAAGAUAAUCAUAGCUCUGGUGAUCGAAGCCAUCUUCUUCGUCGGAUUAGCCUGCAUUACGCUGACGAUUCUGCACACAACCAAGACAAGAUCAAAGCUCGUCGGGGGGUUCGGUGUCUUCUUCAACAUUAUUAUGUACAUUUCGCCAUUGACUGUCAUGCGCAUGGUGAUCAAGAGGAAGAGUGUGAAAUACAUGCCAUUUUACUUGGCGGUGGCUAACUUUGCGAAUGGUUCCAUCUGGUUGGCUUAUGCACUCCUCAAGAUCGAUCUCUUUCUCGCAGUUCCCAAUGGUUUGGGAACACUAUCUGGCUUGAUACAGCUGAUACUAUAUGUAAUCUACUACAAAACAACCAAAUGGGAGGAGGAGGAAGAAGAGGAUGAUGGUAAUAAUAAUAAUAAUAACAAUGAGAAGCCAUCGGAGGAGUCUCCAGACGACGUUCAAGUUCAACAAACUCCUCCAAGCACAGUACCUCCAGCUGAGAUCAAACAACCCUAA